AACAUAUUCGCAGUACGCGACGAACUCUGAACACAGGCGGUUGGUCUUUGGGAAUUGCUCGGCAUUUUUUUUUGCUCUCGCCAACGCUGGCUCCUGGUCCGCGCCAAAAGUCCAAAUCGAAGCAAGAAUCCAUCAAAAAGUGGGGAGACACAGACAACGACAAUAGCGACGGAGGGGAGAACAGAGUAAAAGAAACCGAAAAUAAAUAUGUGAGUGAGAGUGUGUGCGUGCUUGCGUCCGUGUGUGUGCGCGCGUGUGUGUGUCUGCGCGUUUAUUUUUAAUCACCGGCCCCAAAAGGCAAAUGUGAAGUGCAAGCGAGAAGGGAAGACAAAACCAAAUCAGAAAUAGCCCCUCCGCCAAGGAUAGAAAGAGAAAGAAAUAUAGAGUUAGAGCGGGAGAGGGCGCGCCGCAAGCACAGCAACAAACAAAAACACAAAAACCGUUUGACAGAAUGAGAGCGCAGCCGAAAACAAAGUCGGGCGCCCAGUGGUCGCCCCUUGUCGGGAUCCUCGGACUUAUCGGGAUCAUUGGGAUCCUCGGGCCCGCACUGGCCGACGGCGCGAGCAGCGCCUAUGGGGCAUCAUUCAUCUCCAAUCCGGGCAUCUAUGCCUACUCCGUGGCCAAUCAGCAGGCGCCCAAGGACAAUGACAUCAAGUUUGGAUCCACCUCCAGCGACGACGCCGCCGCCGCAGUGGCGCAAUCCUCUGCAAACUCCAAUUUGAACCGCAAUUACUACUACACCAACAACAAUGCUGAAUUUAUGGGCGAGGGCCCAUCGGCACCCCCACCCACACAGCCCGCCCCGCAGACGGGCUGCACUCUUGACCGUCUGGCCGUCUACAAGGUCGUCCUGCACACCUACUGGACCAGGGAUCUAUUCCCGAAGCACUUUCCCGACUGGCGACCCACCGCCCAAUGGACCAAGACAUUAGGUCGCACACACAAUGCCAACUAUGCGCUCUACCACAUCGGCCAGCCGGCGACGGGGGCUGUCAAACAAUUCGCCGAGACGGGCAGGUCGGACCUCCUGGACAGUAAUGCCGGCGAGCAGCAGCAGCAGCAAAUGCAGCUUCAAUCGCAGACAGGCAAAUCCCAGCCAGGUGGAUCCACAGCCGCAGCCGUAGCCGCAGCCGCAGCAGCCACGGCCAUGGCCACAGGUCCCCCAACAUCGGGAGACGCCAGCGAGCGCAGCGUAUUCGACGAGUUCAGCCUACCGGCGAUUCAGUUGGGGGCCGGACGGAGCGAGGCGAAGGUGUUUGUCGACAGCAAUCACAGCCUGGUGUCGCUAAUGACGCGCAUUGUGCCCUCGCCGGACUGGUUCAUAGGCGUCGAUUCGUUUGAGCUCUGUGUGGGCGGCUCCUGGAUAGACACGGUGACCGUUGAACUGGAUCCUCUUGAUGCGGGCACCGACAAUGGGUUCACCUUUACGGCGCCCAACUGGCCGACAGCGCCACAGGGUGUCAUUUACAGGAUUACCUCCCGCUAUCCGGGCCAUCCGGCGGGCAGUUUCUAUUAUCCGAAGAGCAAGCGACUGCCGCCCAUUGCCACGUUUCAGUUCAUCAAGCUGAAGGAAUACGAGCUUAGCGAGGUGUUCAACAUUGCCGAGGACGAUCGCAAAUAUGAGACGGUCCAGACCCAGACCCACCUCGAUGCCGAGCACAGCCACGUGGAGAUGAACAACGAGCUUUCGGCCAGCAUCGAGCGAGAGCGCCAGACGGAGCAGCAGCAGCAGCAGCCACAGCAACAGCAGCAACAGUUGCAGCAGCAACAACAACCGUUUCAGCCAUUCAACGACGAGAGGCAGCGCAUCCGGUCGCAGCUGUUGGCCAAAAUGAAUCCCAUCUACAGCGGCGGCAACAAUAGCCAACAGCCACCGCAGUUGGGCAGCGUUGUGCCCAAGAACGAUAAGCACGCCAUCUUGCAGAGCAUCGCCAGCAGCUAUCGGCGUGCCACGGAUGCCACAAAUAUCAACACCACCAACCUGACGGCAUCCUCCGCAUCCGUAUCCGCACCACAGUCACGGUCACAGCCACAGCCACAAACAGAGUCCCAGGCCCCGUCCGUGGCCAGGGGAAAUCUAUCCCGUCGUCGCUCCCAGUCGCAGAGGCGUCGCGACUGCCGCGUCAGCCACUGGUCGGAGUGGACGGCCUGCAGCAAGAGCUGUGGCAUUGGGGAGAUGCAUCGCUAUCGGAAGGUCAUCAAGCACGGCAAGCGGGGCGGCCGCCCGUGCCCGGCGCUACAGCAGUCCAAGUGGUGCGGCACCGAGCGCAACUGCCACGGCCCCCAGACCUACUUCAACUGGUCCGACUCUGACACAUGAACGAGCCCCGGAGUGGAGCAGGCGCAGGCGAUAUAAAUAUAAUUUUAAUUUACGGCGUAAGAAUUGCUUUUUUUGUGCGAACAAGAAGAAGGAACAGCAAAGAACAGGAAGGAGGAGCAGGAGGAUACCUGCCCCAAAAAUGAGAUUUUAAUUUAAAUUUAGAUUACGAUACGAAAUUGAUUUUAAAGCAGCACCAGAGCCAUGACAUCCCAGAGACAUCACUGGAGAAUUGGGGUGUAUGGAGAGAGGAGGGUGGAUAAAGGAGAGUGGAAAACUGGAAUAAAUUGCAUAUGAAACACAGAGGAGCAAGGGGAAGACUACUGACAAUAUUUAACACAAAAAAAGGAUUUAGACAAAGACAAGAGGCAGAUGGGAGGCCGAAGGGAGGCCCAAGGAUACAUCAGGCCCGCAGCAGUUCGAAAUUUUCAACCUAUUUCUGAUUUCAGCCUCAUUUUGAUUCGACUUUCAGUUGCUUUAGCUCUAAAUAAUAUAUGUAAAAAUCAACACAAAAAAAUAUAUGAUAUAAAACCAAACCAAACAAAAGAAAAAACAGUAGACGUACAAAGCAUAGAAAGCAAAUCAAAUUAAACAACAAGCGUGAACAUUUGCAUAUACCCAAACAAGAAAACCCAAACCAAGCCGGAGUAAGCCCCAAAGAAGGAAACCAAACCAAAUACAACAGCGCCACACUUCGUCACAACCGUACGGGGAAGAGGCCGUAGACCGGAGUGUAUACCGAAGUGCUUACCGGAGUGUAUACCGGAGUGCGUACCGGAGUGUCUGGUGGUUCAGCAACUAAGCUAAUAUUAGACGUAAACUAAGCUAAUUGAUAACAUUAAAUGGAUUGCAAUAAAAGUCAACCACAAAACCGGAA